GCUCCGGAGGAGGCGUGAAUCGCGCAGGAAUAUUGACUAAUUUGGGGUGGGGUGGGGGGGACGGUGGGCGAUGGAGCAGCCCGAGGACAUGGCGUCGCUCAGCGAGUUCGACUCCUUGGCGGGCAGCAUCCCGGCUACCAAGGUGGAGAUCACCGUGUCAUGCAGGAACCUCUUGGACAAAGACAUGUUUUCCAAGUCUGACCCAUUGUGUGUCAUGUACACUCAAGGGAUGGAGAACAAGCAAUGGCGGGAGUUUGGACGCACAGAGGUCAUUGAUAACACGCUCAACCCAGACUUCGUGCGCAAGUUCAUUGUGGAUUACUUCUUUGAGGAGAAGCAGAAUCUUCGCUUUGAUCUAUACGACGUUGACUCCAAGAGCCCGGAUUUAUCUAAACACGACUUCCUGGGCCAGGCCUUCUGUACCCUCGGAGAGAUUGUAGGAUCCUCUGGGAGCCGUCUGGAGAAGCCUCUCACGAUAGGAACUUUCAGCCUCAACUCCCGGACAGGCAAGCCUAUGCCAGCCGUGUCUAAUGGUGGUGUCCCGGGGAAGAAAUGUGGUACCAUCAUCCUGUCUGCAGAGGAGCUGAGCAACUGUAGGGAUGUGGCCACAAUGCAGUUCUGUGCCAACAAGCUGGAUAAGAAAGAUUUCUUCGGGAAAUCUGACCCCUUCUUGGUGUUCUACAGGAGCAAUGAAGACGGAACGUUCACCAUCUGUCACAAGACGGAGGUCAUGAAGAACACCCUCAACCCGGUGUGGCAAACCUUUUCCAUCCCCGUAAGGGCCCUGUGCAACGGAGACUAUGACAGGACCAUCAAGGUGGAGGUGUAUGACUGGGAUCGUGACGGCAGCCAUGACUUCAUCGGGGAGUUCACCACCAGCUACCGGGAGCUGGCACGUGGCCAGAGUCAGUUCAACAUCUAUGAGGUGAUAAAUCCAAAAAAGAAAAUGAAGAAAAAGAAAUAUGUGAAUUCUGGCACGGUCACCCUGCUUUCUUUUGCGGUAGAGUCAGAGAGUACCUUCCUGGAUUACAUCAAAGGAGGGACGCAGAUCAAUUUCACCGUGGCCAUCGACUUCACUGCCUCUAACGGGAACCCCUCGCAGUCCACGUCCCUGCACUACAUGAGCCCCUACCAGCUGAACGCCUACGCGCUGGCGCUGACCGCUGUCGGGGAGAUCAUCCAGCAUUAUGACAGUGACAAGAUGUUCCCUGCCCUGGGCUUCGGGGCCAAGCUGCCCCCGGAUGGCAGGGUGUCCCACGAGUUCCCGCUGAACGGCAAUCAGGAGAACCCCUCCUGCUGUGGCAUCGACGGGAUCCUGGAGGCCUACCACAGCAGCCUGCGCACUGUGCAGCUUUACGGCCCCACUAACUUCGCCCCUGUCGUCACCCAUGUAGCCAGGAAUGCCGCGGCCGUGCAGGACGGCUCCCAGUAUUCUGUGCUUCUCAUCAUUACCGAUGGCGUCAUCUCGGACAUGGCACAGACCAAGGAGGCAAUUGUCAAUGCUGCCAAACUCCCUAUGUCCAUCAUCAUUGUUGGUGUGGGUCAAGCCGAGUUCGAUGCCAUGGUGGAGCUGGAUGGUGAUGAUGUGCGGAUCUCAUCCAGGGGGAAGCUGGCUGAACGGGACAUCGUUCAGUUUGUACCCUUCAGGGACUACGUGGACCGCACCGGCAACCACGUACUGAGCAUGGCCCGCCUGGCCCGGGAUGUGCUGGCUGAGAUCCCCGACCAACUGGUGUCCUAUAUGAAGGCACAGGGCAUCCGCCCACGCCCACCACCCGCUGCACCUGCCCAGUCACCCCCAGAGUCUCCAGCCCACUCACCUCCUGGGUCCCCCCUGCACACGAAUAUCUAAAGCCAACAGGACCAAGGGCCUAAGGGAGGGGUUAGGCUGAGGCCCCACUCUCCUCGUGGUCGACUUCCCAGACUCUACUCGGAGGGCCAGCUGGAAAUGGGAUAUCAGGACCUCUCCCCACUUCCUGGACUCAACUUCACACCCAAAUCCAGGGGACUGUGGAAUAGAAGACAAGGGGUGCACAAGAUUCUGGGGCUGAGUGGACUCCCCUAGUCCAUGUUAGACAACCCCAAGACUCCCCUAUUUUUGCAGCCCAGCUGGGCCUCCUCUAGCUCCUGUCCCCUCCUGCCCUAGUAUCUAGUGUCUCCAGUCCCAGGAGAUCCCCUGUCCUGUUUCCAGGAAACCCCAGGCUGGUGGGCUACCAGGGAUGCAUGUGACCCUCUUAGGGACACCAUAUGUGAGCAGAUAGAGCCCCUUCCCAGAUCCUCAAAGGCUCAGUGGUAUGCUAGAAUGUUCUAGAAUGGUCACUGGAGCUAUCGCAGGUAGCACUGAGAUGUCUCCUGCUCAGCUUGGAGGCCACUCACCUGCCAGGCACAGGGUUAGCCUCUGCACUCCAACUGGCUCCUGCUCUCUGCCUGUCAGUGGUUAUGGGACAAGAGACGGGGGCCCCGAGUGCCAAUCUGUCCCCACCCACAUGUAACAGGAACCCUAUCCAGCACAACCUCUGCUCGCUGGGCCUCAGUGUCCACACCUCUGUGAUGACAGGAUUGGUCAGGUGGUCCAGUGUUUUCCUGAGCCAUCCUGAGGGUACAUCCAUUCCACACACAGCCUCCCAACACCCUCCUCAUGACCACCAUUCCCACCCAGGCCAUCUAGACUCUGGGGUUACCCUGUCGCAUCCUGUCACCCCAUGCCCCAGCCCUUCAAAGCUCCUGCCCCUGCUGUGGGAAGGUGGCCAAAGGCCACCAUCCUAUGUCCACUGAGGCAGGUCUUGCAUGUGUCCCUUAUGCCGCAUGGGGUCCCCACCUAGCAUCUCCCAUCAGACCCUCCUCUGUCAUGCAUGGUGAUGAUGGUGUUUUUACUGUCUGGUCCUGUGCCUGUCUGAGACCGUCUCUGUGGAACUUGCCUUAAAUCGAAGUAAACCAGUUCUUUUAGUAGACCCCCUUCUCCUCCGCAAA